UUUUUUUUAUUCACUGUUCAAGUCGAUUUUGUAUUAAUCACAUCAAAUACACAAUGUACAAAAUCUUUGCUGUAGCUGCCGUUUUGGCCGUUGUCAGUGCCGCUGACCACCAAGCCACUUCAUUCGUCAAAUUCAACGACAACCACAACGCCGUCCACCACAUACAAUCAGCUCCAUCUUACAGCGCUCCCUCAUACCACGCCCCAGCUGCCCCUGCCUAUACAGCUCCAGCUGUAGCCAAAGUAGCCGUACCAGCCGUAGCUAAAUAUGCUGUACCUGUAGCUGCCAAAUACGCCGCUCCAGCCGCACCAGCUUACUACUCCGCUCCAGCUUAUCCAGCCUAUUCCUCUGCUCCUUCUUACUCUUACUCCUCUGCUCCUGCUGUAGCCAAAGUACCUUUUCCUGUUAUCGCUAAAGUAGCUGCUCCAGCUUACAAAGCCUACAAAGAAGAAGAAUAUGCACCAAUCCCAUACCAAUACGCCUAUGCCGUACAAGACCCACACACUGGUGACUACCACUCUCAAGAAGAGACUAGCGAUGGACACCACGUGUCUGGACAAUAUUCUCUCCACGAAGCUGACGGUACUAUCAGAAUUGUGAAAUACUCUGAUGAUGGACACGGUUUCAACGCUGUUGUAGAAAAACAAGGUGAACCUACUCCAGCUCCAGCCGCCUACAAGAAAAUUGUAGCUGCUCCCCAUUAUUAAGUCAAACAAAAUAAUCUGUAUAUAGUUUAGGUGUUAACUUAUUUAUUUAUUUAUAAUAAAGAG